GUAGUUGUUUCUCACCCGGGAAUGUCUUCCGUCAGUCAGGAUAAACAAAUGUGGAUGUAGACGCUAGCUAACGCCAGAAACAACGAUUCAAUGAAACCGCGUCAAAAUGCGUCACGUUGGGGAACUUUACGUUCUAUAACUUGACAUUUGCAAAUAUUAAAGUAUCGUAGCUCGUAAACAUUUGCUAACUAGCUAGUUAGCUGUGAAUAGCUUUGAUGGCAUCCUCUCCUCUAUCGAACGGCGCUCCUCUUUUAAGUCACAAGCAACGCAAGGCUGCUUCUAGGAAAGAAAGAAGAAAGCGGAAACGACAAGCCAUCGCCCGAGCCAGGGAAUGUGAAGUACAAAAUGGAACCGUUGUUGAUCCCAACGAUGAAAUGGAUGAACAAGACGAUGAAGAUGACAGUUUUGUUCUUGAAAGGCAACGGCUGCAUGACGAGUGGCUGGAGCGAGAGAGGCUUGCGCAAGAAGAAUUCCGUCUGAGAUCUGAGAGGGAGGAGGCUGCGAGGAAACGGAGAGAAGAGGAUGAGCGGAAGAUAAAGGAGGAAUGGGAGGCUCAGCAGAGACGAGAAGAAGAACAAAAAGAGCAGAAGCAACAGGAGAAGCGAGACAGAGAGGAGGCUGUUCAGAAAAUGUUGGAUGAAGCUGAAAAUCAGCUAACUAAUGGAGGACCGUGGAUGAAUCCUGAAGCUCCGGUCACAGACAAAUCUGAAAAUUAUGGGACGGAGCGAGAUGCAGCCAACUGCCCUUUCUUCCUCAAGACUGGGUCCUGUCGAUUUGGAGACAGAUGUUCUCGAAAGCACGUCUACCCAUCGAGCAGCCCCACUCUAUUGAUCCGGGCUAUGUUCAUAACAUACGGCAUGGAGCAGUCUCAACGUGACGACUACGACGGGGAUGCGUCUCUGGAGCACAGCGAGGAAGAUCUGCACGAGUCCUUUACCGAAUUCUACCACGAUGUUCUACCGGAGUUCAGGACUGUCGGCAAGGUGGUCCAGUUUAAGGUCAGCUGCAACCACGAGCCUCACUUGCGAGGGAAUGUUUACGUUCAGUUUGACACUGAGGAGCAGUGCAGACAGGCCUUCAUGAAAUUUAACGGAAGGUGGUACGCUGGCAAGCAACUCCACUGCGAGAUAUGUCCUGUGACACGGUGGAAGAAUGCCAUUUGUGGACUGUUUGACAGAAAGAAGUGCCCCAAAGGGAAACACUGUAAUUUCCUGCAUGUAUUCCGAAACCCUGGCAAUGAAUUCUGGGAGGCCGACAGGGACCUUCGCUUAUCACCGGACCACAGCAACAGGGGGAGUCAGUCGGAGAGACACUCGGACAGACGCUCGGAGAGACGCGGAGACCGAUCUUGGAGGAGCCACUGGAGCCGAAGCCCGCCGAGAUCGGAGAGAUCUCACGGCAGGCGAGAAGACGACCGACGCGGCGAGAGGAGUCGAGACAGGAGGACGUCGCAGCACCGCGGAGACGACGGCAGGCGCUCAUUCGGAUCGGCGCGCUACGACAGGGCGAGGGAUAGGUACCGAAGCCGAAGCAGAGAAAGAUCCAGGAGUAGAAGUCGAGACCGGAAUAGGAGUCGAGAUCGAGACAGAAACGGGAAAAGUCAGAAUAAAGGCGGGGAAAAAGACAGAAAUGGAGACGCCGAGAGGAGCAAACGUCACAGCCCGGAGAACGAAGACGGGAAAAGGAGGCCCGACGAGGAGGGCGCCAAGAAGCGUCGGCGCCACAAACACUCGAAAAAGAGCAAAAAGAAGAGCAAGAAGAAGCACAAGAGGAGGAGCCGUUCACCCGGAGGCGUGACUUCGUCCGGGGAGUCGGAAGAAGAGAACGUGGACGAACGCUCUGCAAAAAGUCCGACUGGAGAAAAAGGAGAGCGCUCACAGAACAAUGACGGGGACGACUUGAGUGAAAAUCCAAGCAGUGAUGCAGAGAAGAGUUCGAGAACGCAAGUUGAGGAGCGCGCGCAAAGUUGUUUGUAGCUUUUACAAGUAAAAAUCUGUCAAAUGUUUUGUUUUUGUAUGUUUGAUGUGAACGCGUGAUCGUCGUUGCGAUGUUUUCAUUGUGGUGUAACACAUACUUUCUCCAAUAGAUGAAGAUUUUUUUGCCGUU